AUGGCAGUGUUGCUGAGUUGGGGUGAGAGCCUGAACGCCUGGUUCUGGAAUCCGGAUGAAUCACACUCCAGCGGAAGGGCAUUUCCCAAAGGGGCGCGAGAGACGGCUCAAACGACGCAAGGGCGAAGGUGGCUGAGGCAGCGCGUCGUGUCUGCGAGGUCUACUGAUGUGGAGAAGUUUAACGACUGCGCAUGGCAGGCGCUGUACUACAGCCUGUACUGCGUGAUGGGGUUUGUGGUGCUUUGGGACAAGGCGUGGCUGUGGGACAUCAAGCACUGCUGGUACGACUACCCCGAGCAGAGCGUGGACAACGAUAUUUGGUGGUACUACAUGACGGCGCUCGGCUUCUACUGGUGCAUGACACUCACGCAUUUCAUCCAACACCAAAGGAAGGACUCGCUGCAGAUGUUCAUCCACCACGUCCUCACCAUCAUGCUCAUCGUCUUCUCGUGGACGGUCAACUUCGUGCGUCUCGGCUCGCUCGUGCUGAUCGUCCACGAGUGCGCUGACAUCCCCAUGUUGUUUGCCAAGAUGAGCAAGCUCUUCGGGCGUCGGGACUUGAUGGACAAAUUCUUCGUGGUGUUCGUGCUGUUGUGGCUAAGCACGAGGACCGGACUGUUCCCCCUGUGGAUCCUCAACAACUCACUGUUUGAGGCACACGUGAUUCUCGAUGUAGAGCUCAUCCCUGUCUAUUACAUCUUCAAUGGGAUGAUGCUUACGCUGUUCUUGAUCCACGUCGUCUGGACGUACCUCAUCCUCAGGAUUCUCGUCACGAAGCUCCUAGACCACAAAUUAGGAGGACCUCCGCUCCUCCUCGGACGCCUCGGCUGACGAAGACGAGCGUGCCACCAAGAAGGGCCAGUAACCUCGGGGGUUAUAGUCAUAUUCUGCUGUUUUAUGCUUCUUUCACUCACGCUGGAACCAAAGAGAACCAAAGCAGUCACAUUCCACUGCGUAGUUGCGUAGUUAUUUGUGCCAUAUUGUUAGGUUAUCAGUCUACCAGUACCUAGGGGCUGUGAACUUAUUCUUAAUAUGGGAAAUGGCGUUCCCAACUUUGUGUGUGUGUGUGUGUGUCAUGUGAAGAGCAUUCAGCAAAUAAGUUAGUCUUCAGGAAACCCCUUUGUAAUGUAAGAAGAAAAAUACAUUAGUGGUUCGGCUUCGUCAAGUGGGAGUUUUCAACCAUGGAAGAAAACCUUAGAGCGAAUGUGCGUGGGUGAUGCCGUUUCGUGGGGUGUAUUUUUUGGGUUGGAAGGUUGUCAAAUUACCCUCCCCGUGCAUUUUUUUUUCGAUCAUGAGCAUUCAGUGUAUGAUCCGCUGGUACUGUUGUGAGCCAGGAUUUCCCUGUGAUUGGGGGACGGGGCCAGCUGAAUCCGCGGAUAUUACCAAUCAUCGGAUCGCUUGUAAAUGGCAGUAACGCUAGUGUGGUGUUGGGGAUGGGACUUUUAUGGUAACUCAUCUCCUUAUGUGCUUCUGUUUAUUUUACCAUCAACCUUUUUUAGUCACUAUGGGAUGUCAGUGAAAAAAAUGGAGCGAACAUGAUGGCAUGUUACUGUGUCUCCCGAGAACAUGAUUUAUACUCAGCUUAUAAAUGAUAAGCGCCCGGGAGUUUUAGCCAAUCUCCCGUCCUUGUCUUCUGCACCCCCCCCCCCCCCUCUCCGGCUGCCUCCCAUCACUCGGUGUCCUCCACUUUUUUCCCAUUCACGGAGACCAGACACUAAACCAUCGCUGUUAGUAUUCUUCAGGUUAUCUUAGAAUACACUGCCAUCAUUUUAUAGGAAAUUGGAAGCACGUGAUAUACGAUCCCACCUAAUAGUUAAGGAUAGAGCUCAUAUUUAGACCUCUAAUUAUGUUAAUUAGUGUACUUGGUAGAUACACUAAAUGCCACCAAUGACCUUGGAUGCUUGAACGUCAGGAAAGAGUAAAUGAUCAUUCAGUCAAUCAGUCAGUUAGAAAGUCAGUCAAUCAGUCAUGUCAGUCAAUCAGUCAUGUCAGUCAAUCAGUAAUGUCAGUUAAUCAGUCAUGUCAGUCAAUCAGUCAUGUCAGUCAAUCAAUCAGUUAAUCAAGUCAGUCAGUCAGGGACGCUGAAAAAUGGCUCACCACUAUAUGGCGGAGUUUAAAAUCUUUGUCAUUUGAUUUUGUUCCAAGUUCCAGUGCGAAAAGCAAAGGAAGAAAUAGCACAAACUAAUAACGUAUGUAUUAGUAACUUUAUAUUGACUUUGGUUGGUAGUUAUGCAUUGUGCAUUGUUAUGCCAUGUUAACAAAUUUAUAGAUUUUUUAUUAAUAAAGGAAGCUAUUUGUC